AUGUUUACAGAGGCUCUCGUCUCCCGUAACGCCGGUGGCCAUGUAAAACUAGAUGAAGUAUUGAUAUUGGACGACUUUUUGGGGCUCCGGGAGAUUAUGGUUGUUCAGCAUACUGAUUGUGGUGCGACACAUUUCGAUAUUCCUAAAUUCCACCAGACGCUUAAGCGCCGUGUCAGCGAGGAUUUAGACCUUGAAAACAAUAAUUUCGGUUUUAUUUCCGACCUGAAGGAGAGUGUCCGCAAAGAAGUGCACCUAAUGCGCCAAUCACCUUUGAUGCGUCAGGAAAUCAAAGAUCAUAUUUUCGGUUUUAUCUUUGAUAUCAAGACAGGGUUGCUUGAACAGGUUGCAUAA